UCAGGCAACAACAACACAAUGAUUGUUGUUCAAAACCACCGCAAAUAUUUUGUGUCCCCAAGUUAAUAAUCAAAGCGGCCGCAAAAUGACAACUGACGAGAGCAUUAUGGAGGAGAUGCUGGACAGAGCAACAAAUCCGGCAAAAGAAAGAGUUGACGAGUUGGGCGUACAAAUGUUCUGCAUUGUGGUCAAGAGCAAUACCCAGCUGGUUCACAAGGCCCAGGAAAUGAUUGUGGCCAAGGUCCGAUCCACCAACAUAACGGAGGCGACACGAGCAAUAUCGCUACUGGAGGAAUGCAUGACCCAGUGCGGUGACGACUUCCAGGACGAGGCGGCCAAGUUCCGGUUUCUAAACGAACUAAUCCGACUGGUGUCGCGGAAAUACAAGGGCGCGGAGACGCCGCACGAGGUGAAGCAACGGAUCAUGGAGUGCCUGCUGCUGUGGACGACAGAGUUUCCGCAGCGCCAGAAGAUUCGUGAUGCCUACGAGAUGCUGCGCAAGGAGGGCGACAUCGAGCACGCCCAGACCGAGGCGGCGGUGGCCAAAAGGGAGAGCGUCCUCGGCACCAUUGACGAGGCGAUGUUCGCCAAGCUGAUCAAGAGCAACAAUCCAGAAAACUUUAAGCGAGCGAAUCUCCUGCUGCAGUACCGCAUGGCGCAGGAGGCGCGUCGCAAUGAUUUAUUGGCCCAACACCGUUUAGUUCUCAGCGAAGUCCAGGAGACGAUGCAGUUGCUCAACCAAAUGCUGGACACCUACGAUCCCACUAACCAGGACGUUGCCGAGACACUGCACGAACUGUACAGGAACUGCAAGAAGCACAAGCCCAUUUUCCAUCAUCUGCCACAGUUGCUGGACGAUUCCGAUGCCCAGCUCGUAGCGGACACAUUGGAUGCCAAUGGCGCCCUUCUGGCCACAAUGCAGCGUUAUAAGAAUCUGGUGCCGUCGCCCACUCGAACUGCAAACCCUGCGCCGGCCACAAGUUCUUCCACAUCCGCUACAAAGUCCACAUCAACAUCACCACUCACAUCGACAGCGACAGCGUCGGGCUCUGGAUCCAACAAUGCCCUGUUGCUCAACGAGCUUCUCGGGGACUUGCUCAUUAGCGGGAGUGGAAGCGAGAAGAGUGCCGCCAGUCCCGCACCAGCACCCAGUGCAACAGCAGCAGCUCCCAACACUGCCAGCAGCAAUUCCACGUCGGGCAAUCCGUUGGCGGACUUGAGCGAAAUCUUCAGCAGUGCCUUGGCCGAAAGUGAGGCAGUGAAUAAGACCAACCAACCAUUCCAGAACGCCAGCACUAUCCUCGAGCCGCAAAUUCUUAGCCCCAGCAUCGCGCCAGACUCCUUGGCCAAUGGAAGCUCCGGGGAUUCGGCCAAAAAGCCAGGAACCGCCAGGAAAAUGCCCCAGAUCGAUAUGCUGAGCGAAGAGCUCUUCCAGCAGAUCCUGCCCACUCAGGAGCGUAUGGCUAGCUUCAAGAGGGAUCCCGAAAAGGUAACCCUCAAUGAUUUGGCUCGUGAUAGGAUGCAUGUCAAGCCGCUGUCAGAGGACAACGAAAAGGAGGCGUCAGUCGACUCUAAGAAUUCUGUCUCCGCUUCGGAUCCAGCGCCUGUCGAUGAUGACCCACUGCUGAGCGAAACUGUGGAGAAGAAGCUCGAAGAGGUCGUGAAGCCAGCGGCGGAACCGGCUUCGCCUCCGGUCAAGCCUCUCAGCGAGAUUCAGGUGGACCUGGACAGCAUCCAGGCCACGGGAGAGCAGCGCAUCGUUCUUAAUGAUGACGACAUGCAGCUUAGUCUGAACUUUACCAGCGAUCGACCCGGACAACGGGUCUCCGUGAUUGUGAUAUCGGCGCAAAACAAGAGUCGCCAGCCCGUCCGGGACUUUCAGUUCGAGGCGAGCGUCAAAAAGCCCUGUAAGGUGCGCCUGCUGCCGCCGACGGACAGCGAGAUGCCACCGCACAAGCCCUUCCGUCCGGCCACGCCCAUCAACCAAGUCAUGCUGCUGCUAAACCCCACCGGCAAGGCAGUGGAUGUGACCUGUAUUGUGGGCUAUAAGCUGGGCGAUGAUCCUGAUCCCAUCAAGGAAUCUGUUGUGGCCCAGGGCAUUGCCUAUGUGGAUUGAAAGCCACGCCAUUUUCCUAGAAAAACCGGCUACCAAAAAAAAAAACAGUCAAAUGAUGAAGGAAAGUCAAUUCCAUUGUCCUUCGGUUGCUGUUUCCCUUUUGUUUUGCAUCUAAAAGAUGGAAAAAGUAUUUUCGGCAUUUUAAUUCUG